CUGGAAGCCAUGUUUGGAAGAAAGUUUGGUGGCCGCUCAAGAUGGCGGGUAGGUUCUGAAUUCCGAUGAGGUAUUCGUCCCAUUUCAGCACUAAUUAUCUGUUUCUUUUCAGAUAUACAAUUUCACAUAGAGAAUACUGAUGGUCCAGAAGAAGAGGACCAAGAAGAUGGUACGUUUUGUUUAAAAUCUCCCUGGAUAAGCGGCAUUCGUUUUCUACAACGCAUCGGUUUUCGUUAGUUUCACGCUUCAAAAGUAACGUAUUACUCAAUAUCUUGAUUUCGCAGAGGGAUAUGAGAUGGAUCAAGACGAGACGUCAUUACACUGUUAUGCCUCCGCUGAAGAACCAAUGAGUCCUCUCAAUAGAAUGGAAAGAUUUAUGUUGAGCGACAUAAUCGUAAAUCGGUAAGUUUGGUAAAGUUCAUGCCUGCAUCCGCUCUGAUCUGCUUUGCACGUGUGAAUAAAAACCACGUCUACUUGUUGUACUUUCGCAUGUCUGUUGAACCUUCCUUAAUCAAAUAUUUUAUUUGCAACAAUUUCCUUGUAGACAAAUGGCAGCUAGAUGUUGUCAGGACGCGUUAAGAGCGAGCAAGGCGAAGGAAGAAGUUUAUCAUGUGUUGAGGCUAAUGGUUCGCUUAUCGGACGACAUAGGUAAGACCUUAAUACAUAACUCCUAGUUUAGCGUGAAGAACCCACAUUAGAGAUAACGGUCUCUGCAUGUCAUGAAUUCGAGAAAAGCUUCUAAUUUAGUUUUUAAUCUUGUUUGAACUUGGAAGAAUCAUUUAUUUUUAACCCAUCUCAGCGGAGUCCAUAUUUUUGCGGUGUACAAUUUUGAACUCUUUAUCGCAGCGGGUAAGGCCGGACUACGCUUUUGCUAUAUUUGAAGGAAAGAAAAGGUGAUAAAAAAUUGUUGGUAGUUGAAUCUGUUCGUCGAGUGUGAAAUAGUUAUUACUAAGCCAUACGGUAGACUUUAGAAGUAUAGCAUGUAUUUUUUCGUCCCAGUUGUUAGUCUCGUCGUGUUUGAAAUUUUGCUAAACAAAAUGAAGGCAAUGUUUAUGUUGAUCCCGCUAAUGAAUUACAAUUUUAUUCCACUAAUAAGAGUCGGUUGAUUAUAAAAGAAAACCUCAGCUACUUAGAAUCACGAUCAUUUGAUUUUAAGAUAAAAUAUUCGUAGCUACUGUACAUCUGUACAUGUGUGUAAGGAAUAGCUGCAUUUGGGAAGAGCCUAGACAAAUAAAAGAAUUAUUUCACAAUCAAAAUAUUGACACCUCAGCUACGUAGUUCUGACGAAUGUGUACUUGUAUUUAAUUUAAAUAUUAGUCAUGGUCUAAAAAGAUAAGCUAAGUGCAUUUUCAGAAGAUAAUAUCAUUGUAUUUCUUUAGUGUGGGUGUACAACAAGAAAGUCAUAAUUUAUAUGUAAUGAUUUACUCAUUAAGAUGGGUCUAAACCAAUUUGUUGGGUUGUUAUGGUUUGAAAUUGUUAAAAAUGAGCUUACCUUAAGAUUUUAUGCUGGUCAUGGUAUUAACUACUUGUAUUAUCCAACUAUACGUGACUGCAGCAGCAAAGAAGCUGCUAUUUUGUAUUCCAUACACAGAUUUGGGCAGGAUGCAUGCACAGCCCCAUGCAUACAGUUCUUGGAUAAAGAAAUAGUAGAUUGCCUUUGGAACUAUGGCUUUGUCUAUGAAUUGCAUGGGUUAUCCAAAAAAUCUUUCCUAGAUUUCUACAUAGAGUGCUUGGUUGUUAAGUGACAUUUUUAAUGGGAGACAGGAAAGUGGUGUGAAGAAAUAUAGCCCAAAUGCAGAGGUUUCAUUAAAAGCCAGUAAGGGGUGGUAUACCCCCACCUCUUGUUGCCAUCUUUUAGGCCCAGGAACAGGCUUUUUUGUUUGGAUUUUGCUUUACUGCACAGCUAUAAAUUUUACCAGGAGCAGCCACUUAUGGAAAAAUUUGUUCAAACUCCUGUGCAAAUGUGAAAAAGGGUACACAAGUACAUUGUAUUAGUUAACACCUAGUGCUUGCUAUUAGUUGCGUUAGUGCAAGAAGCUUCAGUACCAUUCAAUGUGUCCCCCUGUAUCAAAGAGUAAUUAGAGGUACCAGCAAUCUGAGUGGGAAACUUGGGGAAAUAUUUGUGGAUAACCCUCAUGAUGAGGAAACAGGACUUAACAGGAAGACUUGACAACAAUUUUAUUUUAUCUUUUAGAACCAUCUGUUAGAGUGGAGCUGAUGGAGCAAGUCCCACAUGUCGCUGUGUACUGCUAUGAGCAUCAUUCAAUGAUGGAAGCUGUGCCACAGUACAUUUUAUUCAUUGUGCUGCGGUUUUUGACAGAUUCAAACAAUCAGGUAGAUUAAAUUCAGAGUAAAUUCCAUUUUAAGCCUCUUGACAUUUUUGAUUUGCCAUAAAGAAUUAUUGCUUGAGCAAAUGGAGUGAUCCUGAAUGUUUUUGAUAGUUUGGAUGUAUGUAUUUGAGUGGACGAAGGAAGACCUUCCAGAGAACAUUACCUUGGUGGAAGUAGAGAUUGUAAAAGAGAAUAAUUACUUUUAAAUCAAAGAAUAACAUGUAUGUUCAUGUACAAAAAGUUUGUCAAAUAAGGUUAAAACUGUUAGAUGAAGUGACCUUUCUAAAAAUACAUGAACCAAGAAAAAUGUAGAUUUUUUCAACUGUUUCACUUUAACCUUGCUGUUCCUUUUUUUUUUUUUUUUUUUUUUCAGUAAUAUUUUUAGUGUGUGUAAGGUUCUCAGCUAUUAAUAGUAAUUUCUGAGACGCUAUACAACUGUUUAAAUACAUGUAUAUUAUGAUGCAAUCUCUUUAAAUGAGAGGAAAUGCCACUCAUAUUACUUUUCUCUUGGCAUGUCAGACACAGCUUUAAAUUGGCUGGAAAUUAGCUUUACUAUAAUUCCUUUUUAGCCUCUUGCAACUAAUGAAAAUGUGCUGGUUGACCCAAGAGACCUUUGAUUUUAUGUGUAAAACUGAAAGUUGUUAUUGCUUUGUUUUUUGAUAUUUAGGUUCGAAAAACAAGUCAGGCUGCCCUAUUGGUUCUGUUGGAACAGGAAGUUGUGGAAAGAGGUGAAAACAAAUCUUGUUAUUUAUUUCAUUUUUCUCCUGAUUUGCUUCUGAGUUAUUUAUUUCUUUGGGUUAAUAUUCAGUUUUGCUUUGGUAACAAAUUCAGUCAACUCUUAGUACAUGUAUAUAUGUAACAGAUAAGUAACAGUUUGACUUUUGAUUACAAUAAUUGGUAAAGAAAAUAAAACAUUAACAACAAGAAAACCUAAUAGAAAGCAUUUACAAGACAAGACAAAACAAUGCUUUAUUUGCAUAGAUCACUAAAAUUCAAUUAUAAUAAUUCUUUUAUUUUACAGUAUCGUUGAUUGAUUCAAAAUGUGUUUCUAGUAUCAAUAUGCUAAUGUUUCUUUAUGAAUCAGGGAGCUUAAUAAAGCAGAGGUUUUCCUGAUAGCUCCUCUAGGUUAGGUUUCUUUACAAGUAGUGCCAGAUUAAUAUUUCUAGGAAACAGUUAUAGUAAAUUAAGUGUUGGUUAAAUAACUUGUUUGUUAAAUAACAUGGUAAUUAAAUAACAUAUUGGUUAACAUCAUUGUUUGCGCCAUUGUUUGUGAAUCACUAAAGCUUUGCUUAUAGAGCCUAGAAUGUGAAUGCCUUUUUUUUAUUACCUCUGUGUAUCCAGUUUGGCCUAACAGUAAUAGUCAUGUCUUGAAACAAGUACUCAUCUGGUUCAAAGGGCUGGAGUAUUACCUAUUUGCAUUUUCCUAAUUUACAAAGUGCAAAGUGGUAAGACUUCAGCACAAUGAAUCGAGAACAUCAUUAAACUAGUAAUAAGGACAUGUUUUGUGGUGAAAUGUUUAAAGUAAAUUAACUAUUAGCUCUUUUAGACCUCAUGCCAUAUAAGUCAUAUUUAGUUUGUAGAUUUUUGAAAUUUGCUUACAUUCACGUACUUGUAUAUAAUUCUAAUAUCUCAAAGGGACAUUUCUUUUUCAGAGGAUGUUGAGGAACAGGUCUGUCCUGUUCUUCUCCAGUUGACUGCUGGGGAGAGUAAUGAUGACUUCAGAUCUGAAGCAGUGGCUGUAAGUUUUGUCACCAUAUUUCCAUGAAUAGCAUAGCUCCAUUUUCUGCAUAUAAACCCACACACAAUCCACAAUUCCUCCAAUCACUCUUAUGAAGGGCAAACACUCGAAACAUCAGCCUUAAAACUUUUUAAAGUGGUCAAUUUACAUUUUCAACUGAGUUGAUUACACUAAAUUACCUUGUUAUGCUCUCCCACUGAUGCAGCACCACAGUUUCUUUAGAAACUAACUCCCUUUAUACAUUUAUUUUAGACAAGCUGUAUGAAGGAAAAGUAUUAAUUAAGUUUUAAAAUUUUUAGUUAUAAAAAUGUUGUGGAUAUUUUCCAUUUACUCCUAAAACUUCAGGCCUUUCUCUCAGUUGAAAUUUUAUCUCUUUUACUUUCCUCUCGGAUUGUCUUGAGUUAAAACUGCUUUUGUUAAAGAUUUCACCUGAUAAGAGAAUCAAGACAGAUUUGAAACAUUAGUUAAUAGUUUUACAUUGUGAAAUGUGUCAAUAAUUUUGUUUGUGUGCAUGUGUUUUUUUUGUUUGUUUUUGUUUGCUAAUUAGUUGAUGAGUAAGAUGGCUCCGCUUGUUGGAAGAGACAUUACAGAGAGAUACUUUUUACCAAGAUUUGAACUUCUCUGUUCUGAUCCUCUGUUUCAUGUCAGAAAGGUAUGAUGCAAAGAACUGUUGAAAACUUAUCAUUAGUGACAUGCACAUUCUGACAGAAUAAAGUCCAAAUAUGAAAAACUUUCAUCGCUGGUUCAAGCAAUAUUGUUGAUUCAGUUUUGCAUGUGUGGCCCCAUCAUGAAUGGUGUAAUAAAGUGAUGAAUAAAUUUGUUAGCAAGUUCAAAUACACAAUGUCAGUUAAGGUGUAGAUAACCUUUGUACUGUUUUUUUGUUUUUUUGUUUUUGUUUUUUUUGUGUGUGUGUUGAUCAUUACACUAUCUUACAGUUUUUAAGUUACCUUUGGUUGACAAGAGAAGUCUCUGUAGGUUUUUCAAACUGUAGCAUUGUGUUGCCUAGUUGUUGAACUAUCUUUGAAAACGAUCAGGAUAGCUUCUUGAUCAGGAGGUACCGUAACUGUAUGGUUAAAAGUAUUACGGCAGAGAAUCAGAAGACGGCUGCUUUGUGCAAACUGAAAGAUUUCAUCUAAAGUGGUACACUCGUGCAUUAAUUUAUCUUCUUCUUUUCACCAAAAAUUCCUUUCACAAGUGAUUUUUCAUGUACCUCAGGUUUGUGCAUCAAACUUUGGUGAGAUGUGCAGUGUUCUUGGACCAGAAGUUACCAAUGAAAAAAUGGUAAGAAACUGGGUGUAUGAAAUUUAUUUUAAAAGAAAAAUUGUGUAGGGAGCUUCAGGUGUAAUCAUUGACUGAAUGUGUGGCUCUUAUCACAUCCCUAAACUUGUUCUUCAUUUUGCAAUACUCUUAAAGAUGUUUGUUUCCUUCACAGCUUCCAGUCUUCUUCAAACUGUGUCAAGAUGGAGUCUGGGGUGUUAGGAAGGUGUGUCUGUCACCAAGUUUAUGAUCUUGAAGUAAAACUAGUUGCAUUAUAAUCUGUAUUUUCUUUUGUUCCAGACACUGCAUAGGAUAAUCAUUCUUAGUUGGGGUAUUACAUAUAAAAAGGGUUUGGCCUGUUUUUUCUUUCUCACUUUCUUACUUAUAGUAUGAAAGGUUCACACUUAGAUGUUACAUGUACAGCUGUAAUCUAACAAUGGAGUUAAAAUAGAUUUUGACAUUAAAUAAGCUGCUAACAUGUGCAUUCCUGUUUAAAUAAAGGCAUGUGCUGAGUGUUACAUGAGUGUGUCAAGUGCAAGUCCAGCAGAAACAAGGAAAAGAGAGCUCUCUCAGUUUUUUGUUAGUUUGCUCUGUGACAAGUCAAGAUGGGUAUGUACAUACCAUCAUGCUGAAUGAUCAGUAUCAUUUGUGUAGGAUUAUUUAUUGUUGACUUUAUGGUCUAGCUGACUUGCAUGCAGUAUACGCAGGGUUUUGAUACUAAAGUGCUCUUUAGGACGGUUGUAUUUAGAAGUCUGAAUCAUUGCAGUGAAAAAAAUCACUGUCCAGGCCUUAAAGUUCUUGUGUUAGAGUAAGAUUUUUCAUUUAGUUGAAAGCACUGUUUGAGAAGGAGUGCAAAAGGAUUAACAUUAUACACAUGCUUUUCAAAUGCUUUUCACUUGCCUUUCUCAUGCAUGUGAAAUUUUUACUUUAAAAAAGUGUGAAAAAUAACAGAGACUGUGCCUAGAAUUUUACUUUUAUGAGCACAUGAGCACAUGCAGAUAUGCAUCUACUUUGGCCUCUUGUCACCCAUCAUUAGCACACUUCUUCUGAAUUAAAAAAAAAAGAAAAUCAUGAUUGAUUACUUUUGUUCCAGGUUCAAAUGGCAGCAUAUCAAAGCCUGGGACCAUUUAUUUCCACAUUUGCAGACCCAGCUGAUAGUGGUUUUUACAUAAAUGAGGAUGGUAUUUUGACGGCUUUACCUGAGAGAGAGCUGGAAACUCCUCCUCCAUCCCCAACUAAAACAGAGGGAGAACCAACUUCUAGUGAAACUACAAGUGGGGAAUUAAAUGAAGAGUAAGAGAACAGAGUACUGACCCUGCAGUUAAAAUACUUUGUGUUUGAAUAAUUAGUGAACUUAUGUGUUCAUAUGCUGACAGGGAUGUUCUUUUAAUCCAUGCAGGAGAAUAUAAGUAGUCAUCAUUGGAAUCUGCAUAAUUUUAGUUUGUUUAGUUUGUGUACUUCUCUUGUGUUCAUUCAUUUAUAUAACUUAUUUAUUCAUUUUUGUAUCUUGAUCUUGUACUUGUUGUAUAUUUAAGAGUCAGGUAAUGAACCCCUUCAGGCUUUAAUGGUAAAACCUUGGCUCUACUUUACAACAGUCAUUCUAGCAUGUAAUAGCAUGAUCUGUCCAUUGCAGUUCAUUUCUGUUGUUCCCUAAUCAAAUGGAAAUCUUCACCUUUGAGUUUAAAUAAGCCCAUGUAACUUUGAACCACAAAAUUCAUGCACGGCAGAAGUAACAAUAUUUAAUUUGUUCCAGUGCAACUCUUUUGGGAGAAUCCCAUGAAGUAAACAGGCAUCAAACUGAACGACAAGCAUCUCCUGAGGCUGGCACCACAGAUUCUGGUUAUAUUUCACCUCCUGAAAUCAUAUCAAAUGAUCAGGACCUACAGAAGCAAUCACAUGCUGCACAAAACAAGGAUGUUGUUGCUCAAACCUGUUCAAAAGAACUAAGAAAUUGUGACAAGCACAUGACAACGGAUCUUGAUGAGGUUGAUGAUAAGUACUUUGAUUCAUUUCUCUAUUGGAGGACUCCUUUACCUCAAGUUGAAUUAGAUGCAGAUGAUGUAGAUGUAGCAACUGUUGAAAAUGUUAAAAGUGCAAGUGACAAAUUAGACUUGAAACCUGGAACCAAUGCACUGCAUGAAGGAGAAACAAGUGGUUUGCUGGAGACACAACAUCGUAGCAAUGCCUUUAACCAACAUCAUCAUCGUCAUCCAAAGUUGGCAUUUAUGCAUGGUGAUGAUGACAGUGAUGAGGAAGAUGGAAUCCCUCUUUAUUCUCUUACUGAUGACUUUCACAUGGAUCAUGGGCUUGGAAAGUUUGAUUAUGAUGAUUACAGGAAGCUCAAUUUAACUCAUACCUCUUCAUUUGAUGAUGAUCUUCUUAUUGCUGAUCACAUAACAGCACCACCUGUUCAGGUACAACUCUUAAAAUAUUAUUUGCAUUACUGAACUGAUUUGUCUUGUAAAUUUUUUUGUGGUUGAAGGUUCAAAUUAGUUUUCUUAAAUGACCUAAUCAAUGGAAAAUGUGCAACCAAAUAUUUGAAAUGAUUACCGUGACAGAAAUUUUUGUUAACCCUUCAACUCACAGAUCAAAUUUGUGAUUCUCCUUACUGUCAACCAUACAAUUCUUAUAAUGUUAGUUCAGAGAAUUUAGUAUUGGAUCAACUGAUUAUCCCCAAAUUGAUAUUUUUCUUUUUUCUCGUCACUCAUCUGGUUGAUAUUGUAUUGAUACUGUAAGGACAAAUUCUGUCUUGGUAAUUCAUGGGAGUUAUAGCGUUAAGGGUUAGUAAGGUCUUUCGCCUUUUUCAAUAUGACAAAGAUUAUUGUGGUUGCAUUUAGUUUGUUUUUUUUUUUAAUGCAUGAGUGCAGAUUGUGUUCAGAUUUUUUCAUGGGAAUAAAGAUUCCACUUAAAUUUGCUUUUAGUAUGUGUAGUUUAGUAGUGUUCAAAUGUUAUCAGGAAGGCAUGGGUUUCAAUGCUGCAAAAGCUUUAAAUUCUCAGGUUUCUUUGUGGCACUUUUUUUUUGUGAGGAAUAUAUCUUCUCUUUUUUAUCAUCUACAGGUCAAAAUAUACUUGUAAUUUAUUUCAUUUAAUUUUGAUGAAUGGCCACAGCUAACCAGGUUAUUUCCAAUUAAUCAAUCAGAGUUUAACAGUGUUACUGAAAAAUCAUGAUAUGGGCUGCUUUUUUUAGUUUUUUUUUUAUUGAACCGGAACAGGGUUAACAGAAACCAUCGGUAUUAAUUGAGGAACAUUAGAUUUUUUAACUGCUGAGUUUUGGUUCAAUUGAAAUUACCUUUUUGGUAUCUGGUAACAAAGCCACAACAACAAGUUACAUUACUCAGGUACCACAGUUCAAUUGCCACAUUAUUCUCUGUCGGUAUACUGCUGCGCAGAAGCAAGAUUCACAAAUGGUGAAAAAGUGCUUCAAAGGGCUUAAAAUGACUGGAUGUUCAUUCCAAAGUGCUCUCUACAAAAGCCAUGCAUGACAGGAUUUUCACCAAGUGAAGUCUUUUGGAGUCUCUAAAAAAUAAACCCAGUUAACUAUCUUAGCGCAGCCACAACCAAUGAAAAGAAAUUGUUGCAGUCUAAAUUUCUGGACUAAGUUCUACAAGCUGUGUUUAUUAAUAAAUGAUUCUCUAACGUUAUUUGAGUAUUUCACUUCACCCUGCUCUGAUGGAUUUGUAUCGUAAACUCUCUACUGAUUGUAAUGAAACUGUGUUUUGUUUUAGCAUGUUAUUCCUCAAACUCUCCUUGAUCACUAUAUAUCCAUGACUGAACCAGCCAAAGCCCAAACUAUUGACACAGAAAUAGUACGGCACUGUGCUUUCAGUUUACCUGCAGUGACACUUACUCUGGGACGUAAAAACUGGCCAUGCCUUAGAGACACAUUUGAAAUGCUUAUUGCAGAUAUGCAGGUAGGAUCAAAGAAAAAUUCUGAGUAAUUAGUAUUAAAUUCCACUAUAAAUAGGUUGGUUUUUCUUCCUUGUUUUCAAGUCAGCAGUGUAAUUGAGGGGUGUUUUUUGCUUGGAAUUCUUAUCUUAAUUCUUAAUAUGAAAUUUGUGUUUUGCAGUGGAAAGUUCGAAGAACAUUAGCAUUCUCCAUCCAUGAGCUAGCCUUAGUUCUUGGAAGUGAAAUCACUCGCAUUGAGUUAGUUCCUACUUUUAACAGUUUUCUCAAGGAUUUGGAUGAGGUUAGAGAUGUUGACAGAAUUUUGUACGUCUAUUUCCUUGUUGCUUUUCAUCUGAUGACUCAUUUCAUGUCACAUGAGUUCCACCACAUGUACAAUGAAGUUUUUAAUUCACAGACUUCUGUAGAAAUUAAAUUCAUUUUAAGAUAUGCCCCAAGUAAUUAUUUAAUUGUUUCAAUUUGCCAAGUACAUUUUGAAAUACCGUAUCUGUGUAACUUUUGCAUGUACAAUGUACUUUUAAAUUUGUCUGACUUCUGUAGAAAUUAAAUUCAUUUUAAGAUAUGCUCCAAAUAAUUAAAAAAACCGCUUUGAUUUGUGAAAUGCAUUUUCUAAAUUUGUUACCCCUAUAAUUUUUAUAGGUGAGAAUAGGUGUACUGAAACAUUUAGCAGACUUCAUCAAGGUAAGAGCACUCUGCAUAUGGUUAAUUGGCUGUUACCCUUUACACCCUAACAUCAGUAUGCAUAUUCUCCAUACUGUUAUCCAUCCAUUUCCAAAGAGACUGACAGGGAGAAUUUGUUUAAAAUUCAAGAGUUGCUUUAGUUGGUGAUCAUCUCCUCCAUUCUCAUGACUUUCAUGUCUGAUUCAGGGGUGAUAUAAUAAAGAGAAAUUAGAUGCUAAUCAUUCUUAGGGGCUAAAGGGUUAACAAGGUUUCUUAUGUGUUUGUUUGUUUGUUUUGUUUUGUUUUGUUUUGUUUUUGUUUUUGUUUUUUCUUAUGUAAGAGACAAUCCCCCAGCUCUUUCACUCCCAAGUUUUUUUUAUCUCAUUUCUCUGUACUGUCUGUCAUACAGGUACAAACAUUUUAGUGCAAGACUUUAGUCUUAUAUCAAACCAUGCCCUUGUUGAUAUUUUUCUAUCUUCUCAUCAUCUUGACUUCAUGAAUUUAUUAAUGAUGUGCAGAGAAAUUCCUCUCUUGUCACUCCUGGGAACCAAAGGGUUGAGUGUGUAUACUGAUAAGCUACCCAACAGGACUUCAAGACAACUUGUGUGGAUGCUUGGGAGGUACUUAUUUUGGUGCAUUUAGUGUCUGAGUAAAUUCUUAUUUCUCUUUUAUUGCAGCUUCUUCCAUCUGAUGUAAGUGGUGACUAUCUUCCCAUGCUCACAGACUUUCUCACAACAGAUAAUAACAGAAACUGGCGGUUUCGUUUUGAGCUUGCAGAGUAAGUUUUCAUUAUUGAACAUGUUAUAACAAUGGCAGAAUUCUUAGUUUUUAAAGAAAUUGCUUUACAGUAUGGACAUGUAAGCAAAAUAGUGAGUUGAAAAUCACCUCAUGGAUUGUCAAAUAACAAACAUGCUGACAUGUAUUUUCCAUCAAGCUUCACUCAAGUUCAAAUAUGUGAACUGUUAGCGAGUGAUCAAGUAUAGUUUAGCUCUGCAUGGCAAGAGAUUAGUAAGAAGACAAUAGAAAGAACUUGGAUGGUUUAACAACAAAAACUGGGAUUGGUAUCAUCAGAGUUUGUUGAUGUUCUCAAAUGGAGUGGUGUUGUAAACCUUGAACCCCUAACAGUGCUUAGCAUCUACCAUGUUACCCAUGAAUCAAACAUUAAGGUAUAGGAAUGAACGAAAUGAUCAGCUACCAAGGAAGUUUUAGACUGUUAAACAAAUUCUUUUUGUCAGCACCUUAGGAAAUGCAGAGAGAGCAGUAUGGAGAAUAUGCAUACUGAUGUUUGGGUGUAAAGGGUUAACAUGGUUUGAUCUCCUUUCAGGCAACUCAUGUCUCUAUGUGAAAUAUAUGAACCCAAACAAGUUCUGCAGUAUAUUUGUCCUAUUGCCAUCUCACUUGCCACAGACAGAGUGGCGGAUGUCAGAACAAUAGCAUUUAAACUGGUGAGUGUUAUACAUUCUGGUGUUUAAUUUUUGUUCAGAUUUUAAAUAGUGCUUAAGAUAAAAUGAGGGCAAAGGUGCUGGCUCAAAAAAGCAGACUAACCAGAGAUUUGGCUGGGUACUGAGGAAAAUGCAUUUAUACAAAAUGCAAUAGGAGUAAACUGCUCAAGCCUGAAAGAUUAGUUUUUUGGAUGUGGAAAGUUGUGUCUAACAUAUGUGGUGGUUGUUGUUGAUUGUAAAGCUGUUGUACUCUACUCUAAUGCUAAAUACAUGUUGGUAAUAUUGAUUUUGAUGGCCUGUUUCAGAUUGGCAUUUUACUUCAAAGGCUGCAUAGCUGCACUGAAGAUGGUCCUGCUCAUAAGUUUGUUUGUGACAUCAUCAAUAAAUUUGCCCACAGCCCACAAUGGACCAGGAGACAAGCGUGAGUCUUUUAAUGAACACUUCGCAUUGUUUGGAUCAGUAGACUCUUCAAGCUGAUUGCUACUGGAGGCUCAAAUAUUAGACACUCGUUUUUCUGACCUAUUGGGUCUUCCCAACAAUGUGCCUGUGUACAUUAAAACCACUAGUGCUUGUAGUACACAAGAAAAACACUAAUAGAGCAGCCUUUGAUGUUAAAUUUCUUGUUUUAUCACCACAGCUGUUAUUCUGUUUUGUAUAAGGAGGUGAUCAGUGAUCUUCUCUUUUUCUCACUUUCAUGAUGUCUGAUUGUACCUCUGACCAAAAAGAAGAGAAAAAUAAAAUUCAAUAGAUAAGAAGUUUCUGGAGAUAUCUAACAAUAGGACUCAUUUAAAAUCUGACUAUACAUUGAGCAUGUUGAUGCAGGGUUUUCAAGAAAGAUUAAUAUUUCUUCUACAUGCAAUGAGCUUUCAUUUGAAUUUUUGGGCUGAACUGUCCUUUGCAUACUUAUGUGGUUAGUAGAUGGAGAAAAAGUUCCAGACUUAACUUAAUAUGUUGUCUUUAUUUCACAGGUAUGCACAACUCUGCCAAAAUUUACUGGAAGAAAAUGUUGAAACUGGGGAACAGUUCUCCCAAGAGUUUUUACCAAGCUUGUUGUAUCUCCUGACUGAUCCUGUACCUAAUGUGAGACUCAGUUUAGCCAGGACUUUGUCACAGAGUGUUACAGUCUUAGGUAUAGUGCAUUUGUUGCAAGUAAUUUUAAUGCAUAGCAUGUCAUCUGAAUUGUUUUAGAAGGAACAUGCAUAUUUUUAUGAUUACCUUUUUUUUUUUUGUGCUCAGUGAAAACAAAUUUGUUCAGUUGAGAUGACUUAAAUUUUCUGGAAUUUUGGCAAAUGCUGUAUCAAGGAGAUCCCAUUUUAAGUUGACACCCUACACUUUGCAGGCAAUAGCCUAAGUUCAUGUUCUCCCCCUCCAUUUCAUUCUAAUAUGAACCUUGGUCAAGUUGGAUUUAAUUUUGUAUUUAGCAUAUAGGAACUGCAAUGUUCACCAUAAAAUACAUAUUCUGGUAAUAUAAUAUAUAAUAUUAUUGUUAUUCUGCCAACCAGAAACUUUGUAAUUUCUGAAGUUACUGGUUAUGUAGGGAAAUAAACCUAACUGUGAAGGCACAUACCUAUUUAUGGUGCUGUUUGCUAAAGUGUUACGUUCUUUUGACAAGAUUUUCUUUAGUUUGAGAUAUUUUACAUUUUAGAAGCCAAAUAUUGAAAAUGAAGGGAUGUUGCAUUUUCAAUAUUUGUUAGUUGGUGGUAACAGCCUACUAGUACUCUACUUAUUUGAUACAUUUCACUCAAUUUGAUUGAAAUUAAUUAUAUGGAAGGUGAUACCUGACUUUCAAAAGUACUGCCACCAUUAUGGCACAGAAGAUUACAUUUUACAUUGAAAUUGUUUUGUGGUGUGCAACAGUUGUGCACAUGCAUUCCUUUUUUAACAAGUUAUAACAGUCAUCACUGUCAUAUGAUUUUUUGCAAUCUCUCAAUUCUUUUCUGUGUGUGUUUUUUGAAUUCUUAUUAUUGUAGAGCUAUUCAAAGAAAAUGAUGCAGAGGGCAAAGAGGCCAUUCUUUCUGCUCUGCAGAGGCUUCAAUAUGAUCCAGACAGGGAUGUUAGGUACUUUGCUGGGGUGGAGGAAGAUGCAUUAGAUCUUACAUAUGAGGGUCAAAUGACAAGUUUGGACAGUGCUCAUGAUGAUUUACAAGAAGUUUCCUAUGCCCUUGAAGAAGAUUGCGAACUUGAAAAUCUUAUACCCAAUGAUGAAGGGGAAAGCAGAGCCAAUGAAGUUGUUACCAUAAAUGAAGAAAAUAAAACUGAAACUUUUAACAACACUGAACUGUUGGAGGACUUUCAUCAGACAAUGUUAGAAGAGUCGUCAUCCUCUGCAACUGUAUUUGGUACAAAUUUGGAAAGUACAGCAUUUGAAUUUGAAGAAGAUGAAAGGAGGUUAGAUUUACAAUCUCAAGAUCUCACAAAUACAGGCAACACAUCUGAAGAACUUGAUAAGGAUGUGAAAUGUGGUGAGGAAAGGGAACCACAGUGCUCUAUUGAGGUACUAAUCAUCAAGGUUGUUAAAGCCAAGUGGUGUUGUUGACAAUGUAUAAAUGUUUGUAUUUAAUUUUGUCUCAUCCAGUGCUUUAAGUGGAUACUGGCAAGAUACAUUUUAUACCAUGAAAUUUAAAUUUUUUGUUAAAUCCACAUGAUCCCAUAAUCUGCUUGUCUCUCAGCAGUGCAAUUUAUUUCUGUAUUUUGCCAACUUUUUGCUUUAAAUUGAAGCUAAUGAGAAAUUAACAUUAAAAAAAUCAGAUUUUAAGGCUUUAAGGAAGUAACCAAUCAAAUUGCAGGACAAGAAUAGUUAAAGAAGCAAUUGUGUGGCAAAUUUUGUCUUGUCCCUAAAUUUUUUUUUAACCAAAAAAGUGGAGGAAUCUACUUCCUUGUAGUAUUUGAAUAAGGACAAUGAGGUAUUUAUACUGACUGAUAUGUUGUAUUUGGGUGAUUAAAUUUUGCUAUUUCAAAGCAAUGUAAUUAAUUGUAAAUUAAGUUUGUGCAUCAUGCUCUUUGAUUUCGAAAUCAUGUUUAUGAUUUCAGAAAAAAAAAUACAUUCCACUUACUUCAAUUACCAUUAAAAAUGACCACACCAAGAGGUAAACAAUGUUUAUCCUUAAUUAUUUCUGUGCUAAACUUAAGUUCUCUGUUCUUUGACUUGCAGGAGUUGAUUGAUUCAUCAGAUCCAACAGAAGAAGCAGAAGGCAAAGGGCUUUGACAUAACACGAAAGAUGGCAAUUAUACAUUUUCUAAAAUAUUUUGCAUAGCAAUGAAAAUUACACACGCAAGUGUGUGUUUGAAUUAUCGGAAAUCUUCCUGGUUGCUUUGUUUUAAGUGAACAUGUAAUUGAGCAACAAGCAAAUGAGUGGUUUCCAAGGAGUUAUUUUUUAAUAUUAAUCACUAGGGUAGGUGUUAAUUUAUGGAAAUGAGUGCAGGUAAUAAAUAAUUAUGCAAUGUUGAUGAAAACUGCAUUCGUAAUGAAUUCCUUAAUGUAUUGUACAUACAAUGGAUUGAAAUAGUCUUCUGGGUUAAGAUUUUCAGUGAAGCCUGUUGAUGUGUCUCACAGAAGAUUUUUCCGAAUUUUUAGAUAUGUUGCUUUAGAUGUUCUUCUUUUGUUGUUGUUUCUCACCAUUCCAGGCUGAAUGUAUAUUCUAUGACUGAACUUAAUAAAUUCUUGUAUCUUAAGCCAAGUUUAUUUUACAGUUAUCAUGCAAUUCAUAUUUCAGUAGCCAAAAAAAACUCCUGAUUUGUGAAACAUGUUCUCUUAUUUCCAGGCUGACCAAGUUGUUUACAUAGCUCUUUUAGGUAGAUUGGAAAAAAUGUUUUUAAGUCCAUGUCAAAUCCUAUGAAAGCACACUGUUCUUUUUCAGAAAUGAACCUAAGCAAAAAAACAAAAAAAGAAAAGGAAAUCUAGUAGCAACUGUGUACAACUCCCCUAAGUGUCACAUUGGAUAUUAAAAGAGGAAAGUUUAGAUGUCCAUUUUGUCAACUUAAAAGUCGGUUAAGGGGUAAAAAUUAUGAAAUAUCUUAACCUUUCAAAGUUUUGCUCAUUGACAUCGGAAUUGCCUGUCCAAGGUACUCAAUCUUUGCUAGCAUUUCAGCCUCAGGAAUUCAAUAUGGCUUGAGCUGGUCUUAUCAUAUUUUGCUGCAAAUUAGGAAUUUUACCCUAUUAAACAAUGCAAUUUCUUUAUUUUGUGUGGCCACUAUAGAGUAAAAUCCCUAAAUCAUGGAAGAAGCUUUGAAGUUUUCAUUCAUUGUUGUUUUUUUUUUACACACAUGAGGAGGAAUGUAAAAUUCUGAAAUCUGAUCCUUACAACUUUUUUAUAGCUGUACUCAGAUGCUAAUCAAGCCAGACCUAACAAGAAAAGUCAAGGGGUUGUUAAUGAAACAUUGACAAGCUUUCUUAUCCUUAAUUUUUAUUAUUCUGCAUUGAACAACCUUUAAUUAAGCCCUAAGAAUGAUUGGCAUCAAUUUAUGGCCAUGAGAAUUAAGGAACUGAUCACCAUGUAAAAUCACCUGAUCUUCACAAACUCUCAUUAUUGUCAUUGUAGGACUAUCUACGGAGACCAUUAGGGAGUGUUGAUAUGAUGAAAAAGGGGCUCCAAGGAUGACAAGAACCGUUAUGAAUUUAACUGUAGCAAACUUGGGAUUAGUGUUGCGACGGUGGCAAACAACCAGGCCUUGUUUUUUUAAAGGGUGGAUAACGCCAUCCACCAGAUAAAUUGUUUCAUUCUGGGUAGCGCAGUAUGUUUUGGUAAGAUUAAUCUAUGUGAUAGUGAUUUUUCUGUCGGAUAGUGCUAUCUGCCCUUUGAACAACUGGGCCUAGGUCAAAUAUUGAUUGAAGUAAUGACAUACAAAAAAAACUGAUGACUUGAAUUUCUAGACAAGGCUAGUUGUGGUGGUGAUAUGAAGUGGCUAUGUUGUACUUUCUGGUCAAUUUUGCAUCAGGGGUAGCUCCUUUUCUAAUGCAAGGUUUAGCAGUUGACAUUUUUUUUACAAUUAAUGACCAAGUUUUUGCCCUUGGGAUAAAUAGUAAUGUCAUUUGAUACUGAGUCUUUUGUUGUUAGAGGACAGCUACAGCACUGAGUGGUCAGUGACUUUCAAAAUUGAGAGCAGAAUAAUCUGUGUAAGGGUUGCUCUACAGGAACAGGAGUCCCAAUCUGUCACUUGCACCUGGCUAGACUGAGUGUCCUACACAAGUUCAUGCAGAAAUUUCUAUCCUCAGAAAGGAAUUAUAAGUUUAUCUUGGAGUUCAUUCAUUGAGUUUUUAUACCUGAGCACUGUAUACCUAAUUCAUUUCCAGUUUACAUCCUAAAGUAGAGACUAUAAAAGUUAAAACUUUAAGAAUUUAAUUUUUAUAACUGCAGAUUUAAUACUUAUGUUAUUUUUGGACUGAAUAUUCGAACUGAAGAAUUAUUAUAAUAAACAAGAAAUUCUCCAAGUAUAUAAUUCUUACAUAAAUAUUUCAUGUUUACAGCAUUAUUGAAAGAAAACUUUCUUUUUGGUAUUGGGACAACCAAUUUAAUUACAAUAUGGCCAAGUUAUGUUAGAUUGAUUUGGUUGCUGAAUGAAGUUAUAUUGUUUAGACUGUUUAUAUUGAGUAUGUGUAACUGAUUAAAAUGAGAAACCAGUUUUAUAGUUUUCAAUAAUUGUUCUAUUGAUCAGCUCUCUCCCCUAACAGUUCUUCGUCUCACAACUCCUAUGUAACAGACAAUUGGACUAGGCAACCAAAGGUUUUGUAAACUUCACGACGCAAAUCACAGUGACAACCUGUGGAUUAUCUCUUUCAAUCUUUGAAACUCUUAGAGUGACCAACAUUUAGUUUCUCCUUACUAUAUUUCUGUUGAAUAAUUCAGUGAGAUAAUGAGAAUAUAGGAAUGACUGCCAACCUAAGAAGCUUUGAUUGUUAAACAAAUUCUCUUCAUCAGUACCAAAUCAAAUCUGUAGAGAGGAGUGUGCAGGAAAUAGAUACUGAUGUUAGUGCAUCAUGAAGGGUUAAUUAAAGGAUCUGAGUUGAAGGAAGACCCAGGAUGGUUAAGGAAAAUUGUUUCUUUAGAAAGCACAAAUGGCUCAGAUGUUUUAUGCAAGCCCAAUUAUCAGGUGUUCAAGAAAUUGUCAGAAAAUGCUUUGCAAAUUGCUCUGUAUAUUGUGUGUAGAAAAGAAAUUAAAAAGAUGUGGUUACCUGAGUUUUUGUCUUUUGUCAACUUGAUGUCCGAGUUUUAGAAGGCCAUUUCAGAGCUACUCACCAUCAAUCACCUUACAUGUAACCUUCAUUAACAGCAGGAUCUCACAUAGAUUGUGUUUUUUAUAGCUUAACAGAAACCUGCUACGUCAAGAAACGUCUAGCAGCCACAUCCAUAAAAUUUCUCUUCAGAGCAAUGGCUUAGUAGGAACUUGCUAC